CACAUUGCCCUGUGAUAUCAUCUAACCUUUCAUUACCAAACGAGAUACACAGUGAAACGGUACCAACAUGCGGGUUAUUCUAACUAUUUCUAUAUUUUGCCUGUUAUUAUGCUACGUUUGUGGCGACCAUCUCGUUGUUGGCAACGUGGCGAACAGAGUGGAACUAGCAAAACACGAACAAGUCAAAUACAAUGCUAUACCAUUCAUCAAGAGAGUGAAAUAUUACUUUUAUACCGAUCCUCGGAAUAAGAUUAUUCAAGGUAUCCAAGCCUUAGAUAUGUUGCAUAGCAAGGCGUCCAUCAACGUUACAGCAGGCGGAGUUGGGUCUUCAUUUGUGAACCUGAGGCUUAAAAGCGAAAGAGGCUUAGGUCUCGAUUAUGAUGUUGGAAUCUAUGUUCUUCCAGACUUUUUAUAAAUAAAUAAUUAUUUUAAUAAAAUUAUGUUAAACAAUUA